AUGGCCAUCUCAGGCACUCUUCCCUUUCUUGGGAUCAUGGGAUCAAGCCCGCGCGAGGUAGCCUCAUGUCGUGCCUCGCUCUCCGCGUCUGAGGGUCGACGUGUGUGGGUCGGUAGGUCGGUAUUAGAAGCUGACCACGAACUCAUUUCAUCCAUCUCAUUUGCCGUGCCCGUCUCGGGUGUUCGUCUCGACAACGGUCCUCUGUCUGCUGUUCAGCUGUUGGAUAGCACACGUCUCGCCGCUGGUCCGGCGUUCUUUGUCCUCGAAUUCCAAGCACGCCGACGGAGCCAAGCGGAGAGUUUCUCGUCUACCUCGCCUAUCCCUCCUGCGUCUGAGAUCGCUACAGCUCUCCAAACCAGAAGCUCGGGGUAG